AAUUCGGUGACGAUAUAAGGAAAUGUAUUUUAUUAAUUUAUAUAAAGUAAAGAAAUUAAAAAAGGCGGAUAAUGAAUACAUAACGUAGUGAAACGAAAAUUAAUCCAAAAACGUGAAGCCCCGAAUUAUUAAUUGAAGGGAUUUAUAUUUUUAUCUUUAGUAUUUAAAGUAACUAUUUAAUGAAAAUGGUGAAAAUUUGUGCAGUUAAAUCUUGUUCAAAUGGUUAUAAAACAAAAAAAGAAAAAGGAGAGGCAUUGGGCUCUGUGUCUUUUUUUCAAGCAUCGACCCUAACAAGAUUACAAGAUUGGACUAAAUCUCUAGGUAUGAAUUUGAAGUUCUCUGAUUAUAUUUGUCAGUACCAUUUUCAAGAGAAAGAUAUCAAAAUGUAUGACAAAAUUGUUAUUGGGAAUACUAUCCAUUUACAUUACCGUCUUAAAAAAACUCUUCAACCAAAUGCAUUGCCAACUAUUGAACACCAGUUUAAAUUAAUACCUGAAUUUCAACAGGAAGAAAUAACAAUAAAAGAAGAAAACAUAAAAGAAGAACCAAUACAAGAACAACAACCUGAACAAGUACAACAAUUGGAAUACAAUGACCAACAACAACAAAAUCAAUUUGAACAAUUUCAAGAACAGAAAUAUAACAUACCAGACAAUCACUACGAGCAACAAACAUUUGAAGUCAAACAGACAAUAGAAUGCAUGAGGCAAAACAUUCCAGUACUACCACCGAAUUGGUUAUAUACAAUAAAACCUAAUGAAAUUGAGUUUAUGAGGUUUGAUCCUGCAAGUAAACAAAUUAAAAACCACAUUGUUCUAAAUGAAGAUUUAUCUGUUUCAGUAAUUUUCCUCACUAAUGAACGAUUAAAUUUAGAUAAUAAGCUAACUUCAUCGGAGGAAAUUUUAAAUUUUUUAAAAUAUGUUGAGAGGUGGCCAUUAUGUGUUGGCACUCAAAUGGACAAAAGCAGAUAUUCAAAUGGAUGUAAAGGCGUUAUAAUUGGUGAUGAGACUUACAAAAGAAAUCAAAUGAAUCCUCGGUGCAAAUCAUGCAGAGUUCUUCGUUAUCGGUUACAGAAAUGCAAGAGUAGUACUUUAGAUAAAACAAGUGAAUUGAAACGACGAAAUGAAAAUAUGACCAAGCAGUGUAAACGUUUAAAGAAAUUGAUCUCUGUAAGUGGUAUUCUUCGCCGAAAUUGUUUUUAACUUUGGUUAGAAAUGGAACAAAUGUUCUUGAGACAGUAUGUUGCAAUAGACAAAAUAUGACGGGAGAUUUUGUUGAAGCAAAAUUUAAAAAGGGAAACUGCGAUAAGAAGUUGUAAUGGUAUAUUAGCAUUGGAAGUGGAGUCCAUAUUCUGGCAAAGCACGAAAGUGUAGAAAUGAUUGCACAGGACGAAAGUCACUUAUGCCCUAUAAUUAUCAAAAGAAGUAAAAUAAAUACAUUAAGUUUUAUAUAACUUAUUUAUAUGUUUUCAAUAAACAUAAUUUCGGUAAAAAAAAGAAAAAGGAUAAUCCAAAAGUGUUAAAUUUUAUAUAUACAAUGGAGGAGUAUAGAAGAAUAGGUUAUGCCGUAAAAAUCAUCAAACAUACUAUGAAGCAAGGUAACCAGAUUACAACGUUCUGUAGCAACACCAACUCCGAAAAUUUAUUUGCUAAAUGUGGAUAUAUAAUAAGAAGUUUAGAAUUUAAGAUAAAACCUGUACCUACAAAUGCUGAACCUGUUGGUUGGGUGAAAUCAGCCGUCUGAGAUAUUAUUUUAAGAGGAACAUAGAAUGUUAAACACAAAGACCAGGUAGGGUUUAGUUUCUGUUCUAAAGAUUUCGCGAGAGGCGAAGGCUGGAUAGCCUUUAAACCAGCUUCAGAAGUGACCGUGGAUGAUAUUUGGGAAAAAAUUUCUUCUAUAUACCAAUCAAAUUCCACAGGCCUCAAUACUGAAACAUUUUGUUUGGGGGUUACGUCGGUUAGGACGCCACAAGGAAAGGGGAGAGUUUGUAACUACAACAUUUUUGACGAAGAGUGUGCGAAAAGGCGUGGAAUUCUUGUAAUAAAAAAUAAAGACAACUUGUGUUUAGCUCGUGCUCUUGUGGUCGCCAAAGCCUAUGCGAACAAAGACCCCGAUUUUGUAAAAGUUCGAAAAGAUGUGGGUUAAUUACAAACCAAGAGAGCUCAAGAAUUAAUAAAAGCCGUUACCGUAACUAUUCCAGAAGAAGGAGCCGGAAUACCAGAACUUUAACAAUUUCAACAACACCUAAAAAACUACAAAAUUGUGGUUUAUCAAUAUGGUUCCAAAGGACGUGACGUAAUUUUUAAAGGUGCCGAUGAUGGUUCUUCGUUGAAUUUACUUUACCAUGAGGGGCAUUACUAUGUCAUUACUUCUUUGACUGCGGUAUUCUGCUGCGGGUAUUUUUGUGAAUUAUGUCACAUACCUUACAAUAACAAAGGUGAACAUCGUUGUAAAGGAACAUGUUUUGCGUGCAGAAAAUCACCACCCUGCGCAAAAGAUGUAGUAAAACAGCAUUGUUUUGAGUGCGGAAGAGAUUUUUUUGGAGAGAAAUGUUUUCAAACUCAUUUAGAUUCACUUUGUAGUAAGAUUAGAAGGUGUGAGAAUUGUUAUAAAAUUUAUACCGAGAAAUAUGUUUGUGGUGAGAUUUACUGCAAAAUUUGUAAAUCAAAACAAUCAGAAGAUCAUUUUUGCUAUAUGGAAUGUGAUACCUCAACUCCCCACACUAAAGAUUUUCUAUUUUUUUUUUCGAUUUGGAGACGACACAGGAAAAGAUACAAACCGACGGAUCCCUUCAACAAGAACCAAAUUUAUGUGUGUUUCGUCAAUGUUGUGAUGAAUGCAUUGAAACCAUCAGUGAAAUUUGUUCAAUAUGUGGUGUUAGAUUGCAAAUUGUUAAAUGCAACGAUUCAAUUUCAUCUUUCUUACACCACCUUCUUACAAUUAGAAAGAAAUUUAAAAAGGUAGUCAUUAUUGCACACAUAGUGGAGGGUUUGAUCAUCAGUUUAUUCUGAAUUAUAUUUUGACUAAGACAGAUCUUAAACCUGAUCUUGUUAUGAGGGGUACAAAACUAGUGUUUAUGCAGGUGGGAAACAUGAAAUUUCUGGAUUCCCUCAACUACUUUCCAAUGCCACUUUACACUUUACCGAAGUCUUUUGGACUUAAGGAGCUGAAGAAGGGAUAUUUUCCCCAUCUUUUCAAUCGGUCCGAGAAUCAGAACUACAUUGGACCAAUUCCUCCCUUGGCAUUUUAUGAUCCUGAUAAUUUAAAAGAAGAAGAAAGAACUGAAUUAAUAAGUUGGCAUGAGAAAAAAACAACUGAAAACUACAUUUUUUAUUUUCACAAAGAAAUUAUUGAAUACUGCAUUUCAGACGUUGAUAUUUUAACAAAGGCUUAAAUUCAGAAAAUUAAUGUUAGGUACAUCAAAUAAAUCAAAUAAAGACCGGGAGGGUUUAUUUUCUGGUAUGAUGAACAAGUUUAUAAAAAUCAAACAGCAAGCAUCCGGGCGGCCUAAAGGAUGUGUGACACAUGAGAAGAAAAUCCAAUAUAUCGACGAGUUUCUUCAAAGAGAAGUUCUUUUGGAAUUUGGUGAGAUUACAGAGAACCCAGGGCUUCGAUCUUUAGCUAAAUUGAUGUUAAACAGCUUUUGUGGUAAAUUUGCCCAAAGAGAAAAUAAACAAUGACAUUUUCAAACUUCAUGCACUUGCUGGUAUAUCCAUAAUAGAAGGGGAUGUUAUCAAGUUUAAAUUAUUAGGGUCUUCCACGUUUAGUUACAUUGAAAUACUGCUGGAAUUUCAGAUACAAAAAAAUGUAUAAAUGAGGCUAAAUCAUCGAUCGAAGAAAAAAUAUAAUAAUGCGGAUAUGGUUAAAGGACGGGAAAACACCUAUUUGUGAAUUGGACCCACCCUUAAGACACUCCAAACCAAAAUAUAUUUAUAAUAAACACCAUUAAAAGUAUUAUUUUUAUAUAUGAUGCUUUUAUAAUGAAAUAAAAAAUGUUUUCAAUA